AUGGGACAUAAUCAAGAUCCAGGAAUGGGAGGGCAAGGAAUACCUUCUCAGUUCUCGAUGCCUUUAAACCCUGAUAUGAUGAGCAUGUUCAUGAACAUGACGGGAAACAGAGGAGGAGAUGGUAACAUAAAUGGUACAAAUGAGCAUGAGAUUCGUGUAGGCGGAAACAUCAAUAUAGAUCUUGGCGCUGCGGAUCGAAUGCCUGAAGAGUUUUCAGGUGCAUUGCGAUCAAUGAUGCAGAUGUUUGGAGGAUCUCAGGAAGGUAACAAUAACAGUCCUCAAGGUAUUAAUGGAAGGCCAUCUGGAAAUUAA